UUGACAUGAAAGUACAAUAAAUUGAAAGGUUACUUGACCUAAAUUAAACGCAUAUAACAGGUUACUGUACGUUUAAUAAUAUACAAAUUAAACAAAGCUGGAAUAAGUUUGAAAAAACUGCUCGACUGUCACCACAAAACGUUUUACUCGGGCUUCGAUAAAAAAAAUGGUUAGAAAAGGUUCGAAAAUGCCACCUGCGUCCAGCCAGGUAAACAAACGUGUGGGUGACGUUUCACCACAAAAGCUAAAAGUGUUACCUGUAAAAUGGACGCUUCAAAACAUGAGCUGCCAUACACUGGGACCAUCUCCUUUUGCCGAUUGUGCCUCAAAACCAACUCAAUCGAGUUAAUUGUUCAAUCACCGGAGGAAGCCAACGAGCCGCUGCUCAACAUCAUCAGCGAAUGCCUUGGAAUAUGGCUUACCGUCACCGAAGAUUUCCCCUUCGGCGUAUGCCACGAUUGUUGUAUGUCGCUGGAAGCGAUUCGUCAGUUUCGAUACAACUGUCAACAGUGUGACUUGUACUUGAAAAGUCAACGAUCAUCAAGUGAUCCCGGACCGGGACAAGCAGUGGAUCUUGAUUCCUCAACAGAACAGAAGCCUAUCGUCGAGGAUCAUCGAUACCCAGGACUGCAACCUAAUGUGAUGGUGUUGCAGGAUGUGAAACUGGAAGAGCCCUCUGGGAAUGUAGGUGGUUUCAAUGGGAGUGACGUAAAUCAAGUACCUGCUCAGUAUUAUGAAUCGCCAGCACAGGAAUCGAUGGCAGCCGUCCCGGUUGCACCGUCUGUGCCCCUCAAGAAAUUUGAUUGCCCCGAGUGCGGUAAGCAACUGUAUAGUUCCCGCAUGCUAUCGCAGCAUGUGGUUCGAGAGCAUAGACUUUGCCACAGUUGCCGCUCAUGUGGAAUGGCCUACAACAGCCCCGACAAGCUGGAAAUGCACGUAGCAACUUGCACUGGACGACCGUCUAGGUUCAUGUGCAACCAGUGCCCAAGCGGGAAGGUUUUUUCAACUGCCAUCAGCCUGUCGGUGCAUCUGUAUUAUGCCCAUGAUAGUCUGCAGUCGGUGGUUUACCGAUGCGAGUCGUGUAAGAAGAACUUCAAGAAUCGAACUGGUCUAAAGUAUCACUACAAAACGGGCCACGGAUGUACGAUGGUGGAAUGUGAGAUCUGCAGGAGGCCGUUCCCGACCGAGGAGAGUCUGUACUAUCACAAACUGGUAGAGCAUUAAGAAGGGUUCUGUCGCUGGGGUAAAUGUUUUCGAUAUAAUAAAGACAAUUG